AUGGGAGAUAGAAGGGAGGCUGGCUAUUCUCCUCAGAGAAAUUUUGCCGAUGAAGUGCCUACUAUGGCCGAUUUUCAUUUGGAUAUUCUCGGCCAACAGCCCCGCAUCAACAAGCUAUAUACACAGAUUACAUUCUGUUUUCAGCUUGGCAGCGACUCUCCCUCUCAGACAGACAUAGUCAAUACUCUUGAAAAGGGGUUCAAAUGCCUCUCGGAUAACUUGCCCUGGAUUGCUGGAAAGAUUGUCAACGAAGACGACACUUUCAAGAUCAGGAGUUCUGAAAAGCAGUCUCGUGUUAUCGUGAAGCAUUACGAUAAGAACAACCAAGCACCGGCAUGGAACACUCUGCUGGAAGCCAGUUUUCCGUUCAGGAUGAUAGAUGAGUCAACAUUUGCCCCAUGCAAGACGCUAGAGCCGUCUUCAGACAACCUCUCCGUAUUCCUUAUCCAAGCCAACUUCGUCUCCGGCGGGCUGUUACUCACCUUGAAUGGUCAACAUGGUUCAAUGGAUAUGGCUGGUCAAGGCCAGAUAAUGUACCUCCUUGCUAAAGCUUGUCGAAACGAGCCUUUCACGAGUUCCGAAGUGUCGAUUUGUAAUAUGGAUCGCCGUAACAUUAUCCCUUUACUAGACGAUAACGGACCAAAUUCUGCGGACAGUCGACUACCUAGAAAUACCAGCGUUGCCUCAAAUAUUGAGACACCGCAAAGGCAAGCUCCGCCAUUGCCAAACUGCACCUGGGCGUAUUUCUCCUUUGCGGCCUCAUCUUUAGCCACUCUGAAGUCUUUGGCAUCGGCCAGUGUCCCUACAGGGACAAAUGAUUUUGUCUCAACCGACGAUGUUCUCAGUGCAUUUAUAUGGCAAUUUAUAAGUCGAUCCAGACUACCGCGGUAUCAGAACGAAAUGUCAACAUGCAAAACCACUCUGUCACGAAAUGUCGACGUUCGUCGCUAUCUCUCAAUCCCGAGCACAUACCCUGGUCUCGUAACAAAUGCAACAAUACAUACCUCCUCGCUUGAGUAUGUGGUCAAGCAAUCAUUAGGAACAAUCGCAUCACAGCUUCGUUCUGCUCUCGAUCCUGCAUCGCUGAAUCAUAGGACUCGCGAAUUGGCAACGGCCAUCGCCCGCAACAAGAACGCACAACAUGCGGUAGCUGUUCCAGGAGGUAAUCCCGAACUUGACGUCAGGUUAAGCUCGUGGGCCAAGGAGAAUUGCUAUAGUCUUGAUUUUGGAUUUGGAUUUCCUAGCGCUGUGCGAAGGCCACGCUUCGCUGAGGGCUCCAGAGAGGGUCUGGUCUACUUUUUACCCAAGACGCUUAAAGGCGACAUUGUUGUAGGCGUUUGUCUAGGAGACGAAGAUCUGGAAAGGUUAAAGGAAGAUCAGGAUUUUAUUCAAUUCGGGAAAUUCGUCGGAUAG